AAAUAGUUUAUCCUUAAUGUCUUCUUCAGAGAUGAUUUUCACAGUCCAAGAUUGUCAAAGGGCAAUAAUGGCUGCACCAUUCUUGACAAAAACAUACCAAUUAGUAGAUGAUCAAAGUAGUAAUCACAUUGUUUCAUGGGGUGAAAAUGACACUACUUUUGUUGUUUGGAAACCUCCUCAGUUUGCUAAGGAUCUUCUUCCCAACUACUUUAAACACAACAAUUUCUCCAGCUUCGUUAGGCAGCUCAAUACUUAUGGAUUUAAGAAGAUAGUUCCAGAUAGAUGGGAGUAUGCAAAUGAAAAUUUCAAAAAAGGACAAAAACAAUUACUUUGUGAGAUCCAAAGAAGAAAGACUACACCUCAACAACAAUUACACCAUUUGAAACCCUACCAUGAAAAUAUCACAAAAACCAUAUUCUAUCAGCCAGAAACACAAAAUAACCCUAGUACUGAUGAUAUCCUUUUGUUAACACUCACACAAGACAAUCAAAGGCUGAGGAAGAGAAACAAUUUACUAUUAUCUGAACUCGCUCACAUGAAGAAUCUCUACAACGACAUUAUUUAUUUCAUUCAGAACCAUGUCAAACCCGUCGAUCAGAAGUCUCGUUUGCUUUCACUUAAUGGAGGUAUGAGUCUAAGAGUUAACGAUCAUCGCCGUGAUCAACAAGUAAAUAUUGAAGAUGAAGAGCCAAAGAGUAGUAGUGUAAAGUUGCUCGGAGUGAGUUUAUGUGGGAAGAAGAGAUUGCACCAUCAAAUGAUUGAUUAAGAAGUAUUAGAAUGUUGAUUAGUGAAUAUUGUUUUAUGGAACAAUAGUGUAGAUAGAACUUAGCUUAUUAGAUCAAAUUAGUUGUCCAGUGCACGAAGUAUUUCGCGUUCAGGCAGAAUUCGAGGAAGGCCCGUACUCCAAAAGUGUGAUAUAGACAGUUUACGCUAAUGCAAGUAUUAAUAGCUGCUUCCACAUGUCGAACCCGUGA